AGAUUUAAAAACUUUCGAAAAAUAAUGUCAUCUAUACUUGAAGAGGUGAAAAGGCGUAUGGCAAAUAUUGGUCCAAAUUUUGAAACAUUAGCGUCUUUUCUCAUUCGGGAUUUUGCUAGAAAUAUGGAAAAAGAUGAUGUUAAUCCGUUAUAUAGACGUUGUAAUGUAUCUGUACUCGCUCUCGUAGUUAAACAUUGUGAUGUAGAAAGUAAAAUUGAAAUUGCAGGAUUGGGAAUUAUUGAGGUAUUUACAAAACUACUUAGCGAUAAAUUCAUGGUUGAUGGUUGGUAUGAUUUUAAUGAAGUUGGAUGGUCAUUUUUGUUCUCCAUUAUUGAUGAAGCGCCAAUAAAUAAAACACGUUUCAUUGAGGCGGCUGGUGGAAAAGCUGUUUAUGAAAAAUAUUUAUCACAUCCAGAUUUUGGUCCUCGUUAUUUCAAAAAUAUUCGAAAAAAUUUGGCAAAUGUUGAAAAUGGAAUCUUUGGUGAAAAUGACAGUGAUGGAGAGGAGGAGAAGGAAAAUAAUUCUCAUUGUGUUAAAUUUCAAAAGAUUGAAUUCCCACAUCCUGAUGAGAGUGGAAAUGAUGGUGAAGAAGUCCAAAACGAAAAUAACGAGAAUAUUACAAUAACUAAUUUUAUUUUAAAACCUUUGGAAGUUAAUAGCUCUGAUCCUUUAACUCAAGAGGCUGUUGCAUCUACGCUUGCUUGUUUGGUUUACAGGAUGACAGAAGAAGAAAAAAUCACAAUGGGGAAAACUGGAGCGAUUGAGAAAAUCUUUAAACUAAUUGAAAGUAAAAUCAGUAAGGAAGAAUAUGAUCUUGCUAUGGGAGAUUGUUUGACAUUUUUGUGGAAUGUUACUGCCGGCAUUGAAGAAAAUUGUAAAAUUUUCCUCAAAAAAUGUUUUGAGUUUCUUCCUCCAAUAAUUAAAAAGACAGAAGAUUGUCUUAAUCUUACGGAUAAGGGAGUUGACAAAAUAUUGCUUUUUAUGUUGACUUUAAAAUUGAAUGAAAACAAAGAUUUGGGGGAAUUUACGAAAGAGAUUCUUACAGAUAUUAGUAAACGGGGAAGAGUAAUUUAUCAACAUAAAAAGAUGAAACUUGCUUCAGAUAAAUAUCAUAUCAAAAACCCAACGGUUUAUCUUAUUCUCUGCAAGGAUAAUAGCGGUUAUCUUUCAUCCACCGCUUUUGGUAGUCCAGCUUGGUGUUUUUUGUUGGUUGAUAAAGAUAAGAAAGGUUUGCUUGAAAAAGUCAGGCCGGGUACAAUGGAUAUCAGAGAAGUUAAGGAAUAUGGGGAAAUUUUAUAUUCAGGAUUGGGUAGAGAUAUUCCACGUGACAUAAGACGCAAAAUGAUGAAGGAAUAUGGGCUUUAA